AUGGGCAAGUUCCUGAAGACUACCGCGAUGGAGAUGGGCGCCAUAUUGCGCCCCACGUACCAGAUGCUGCUCCCAGAGCGCACCAGAGACGGGCUCGAGGCGUUGUGGCGGGAGGCCCGAAGCGACGUUCCCAAGGACUUGGCGUUCUUACAGAAGCAUGCCCUGGCGCUGAAGCCUCAGACGAUGCUGGGGUGGUUGGUCGGCUUGUGCAUCCUCGCUACGCUGUUUGCAGUGGAGUUGGCGGCUCUUUGCUUUGGAUGCAUCUGCAUCGGGGCGGCCGUGAUGUCGGCUGCCAUUGCUAUGUUUGCCGUCGGUGCAUUCCUGAGCAUGGUCCUCAUUCCUACAGCCUUCACACUUUUUGCUGGUGUCUGCUUUUGGGGAGCUGUUGCGUUUGCCUUCGGUUAUGGCGCAUGUGUGCUGGCCCUGACAUCCAUCGUUGUGAGGUACAUCAAAAACCUGUUUGAAGGAAUGUGGAGCCUUGUGAACUCUUCUGACAGCAAUGGCAAGGUGUUGGCAUUCACAGCGUCUGACAAGGGAGACUAG